AUGGACCUGGGCCGGUUGACGAAAAAUGUGUCCAACAUCUUCAACAGCGUCACCGCCUCGGCCCAGGAGGACUACGAUCCGAUGGUCGGCAAGCAGCUGACCGCCAACAACGUCAGAUACACGAUAAGGAAGAAGAUUGGAGCAGGCGGUUUUGCUGACGUCUACUCGGCUCAAGACGCCACCGGAAAUUGGUUUGCCAUCAAGAUCCUGAGAGCUCACGAUGCUGAGGCGCAAGAAUCGGCCCGGAUAGAGAUUGCGCUUUGUCAGAAGCUCACCGCCAACCCAUCAUUCCUAAAAUUUGUCCACAGCGGCCAAAAGGACAUGGAAAAUGGAAGGGGCAAAGAAUACACGAUAAUAACGGAGUUGUGUACAGGGGGCAACGUUUUUGAGCUGUUACAAUCCGGCAAUUUGACGCACGAGCAAAUUGUGCGGGUAAUCUACGCGGCGGCGAAAGGGAUCGCGCACAUGCACGAGCUUGGAUUUACAAAUCGGGAUGUGAAGCUCGAAAACCUGCUGAUUGAUGCGAAUGGCCGUGUGAAACUCUGCGAUUUUGGAAGCGCAACUCGUGAAACGCAUCAGCCCUACGAUGGUUGGCCGCUAGCGCAAAGAACAGCCGUGGAAGAAUCCUUCCAAAAAUACACAACGCCGAUGUAUCGAGCCCCGGAGAUCCUCGAGACGUACAGCAACUAUCCGAUCGGGAAUGCGCUGGAUGUUUGGGCACUCGGCUGCGUUUUGUACUACUUGUGCUUCCGUGUCCAUCCCUUCGAAGAUUCGGCGGUUACACGAAUUUGUCGAGUUCAAAUUAUGCCGCCGCGGGAGGCAAGCGUCGUCCCGAACGAGCUGUUCAAAGGAUUGAUAAUGCCAUGCCUCAACCCCGAUCCCCGGCAACGCCCAACAGCCCAAGAUUUCGUCCAACAAAUCGCCACCUUUGCCAAGGCGCUGCAAGUCAAUCCGGAGGGGCCGGUAGCGGCAGCGAAGAAGCUUGAUCGUCCCGUUUCUCCAAAUCCACCACAACGAUCUGCCGCCAAUGCCCCGCCACGGCCACCACCCGCUACUCAAAGUCGGCCGACUGAGGAAUCCGCUUCCGCCAUGAUCGGCGCGCUGAAGGGCAGCGGCAUGUCGUUGUUCAAGAAUUUCAAGGAGAAAACGGCUGCCGUGGUGUCGACAGUGCAGAGCACCUACGGCAGCAAGGGCCCGACGUUCAUCUCGGUGACGAAGCGCGUCCAUUUGGCCCCGAUCCUGGAGGGAGUGCCCGAACCGCUCGCCUACUCUGCCGAGCAAUCGCUGAAGGAGGCCAUCUGCCAGCGCGGGCACCCAUUUUUGAUGGUCAACUUGAGCAAGAGG